GCGAGUACCCUGGGGGCACCUCACCCAAAUCACGAUUGAAUCGGACGUGGAGGUUACUUACCACACUUACCAGCAGACUGUUGUCCCCUGCUUCAUUUGGGAAGACAGGUCAUGGCUCGCCGCGCCGUGCUGCCGCUGGCACUCCUGGCCCUCUUCUUGGCCCCGGCUUUCGUGCCAGCCGCCCCCAGGACCGCGCCCGAUGCACCGGGCGCCGUGUCGGCCGCCGCGGCGGGUGCUGUGCCGCUGCUGCUGAUGGCGGAGCCGGCCAUGGCGGAGGACUACAUGAUGCCUCCCAGCUGGCCCUUCGUCUUGGUCUUCGUGGCCGCUGCCAGCGCCCUGCUGGUGGUGGGGAACUUCAUCUUCCCAGGCAAGAGGUGAGCGAGAUUGAUCCGGUGACUCGGCUUUUGAGAUAUUUUUCUCGGAUCGCGCGUUUCGCCCGUCUCGGAUCCAUCCGGGUGAUGGGCGAUGUGGCACGCACGCGAUGCCGUAUGGAC